UUUAAUGAAUUCACUCAUCACAAGAUCUCUUGUCAAGAGCUUUAAAAGAAAUGUCUCCCUUGGCUCUAUCAGAAUUAAAACUUUAACAAGAAACUAUAGACUUCCUGCAUCUAAGCUGUUCAUGAUACCACAAAGAAAUUUUGUGGUAGAUGAAAAAGCUGCAGCAAUAAAGGCAGCUAAAACUAAAGAUCAACAAGAAGAGACAAUCUUUGAUAAGAUCAUUAAUAAGGAAAUUGAAGCUAAUAUAAUUUUUGAGGAUUCCAAAGCAAUAGCAUUUCAUGAUGUCUCUCCACAAGCUCCAGUACACUUCUUGGUAAUUCCUAAAGUUAAGGGAAGACUCUCUUCUCUUGAUAAAUGCAACAAAGAUGAUGUUCACACUCUUGGGCAUUUGAUGUAUGUAGCUGCAAAGGUAGCAAACCAACUAGGGCUUAACAAAAAAGGAUACAGAACAGUAAUUAAUAACGGAAUGCAUGGAUGCCAAUCAGUCUAUCAUCUUCACGUUCAUGUUCUUGGCGGAAAACAACUUUCUUGGCCUCCUGGUUGUGACUAA